AUGGCGAGGCAGCGGCACAGCUUCCUCGAAUGGGGGUGGUCUCCGCAUAUCCAAGGCGAUACAUCUGUAAAGUUGCCAAUAAGACUCGGUGUGGGUCCAAUGCCGCAGCCGGUCGAUCUGCUGCUCUUGGGCUCGGGCCAGCUUUGGUUGUUAACGCCGCGUGGGUUGUCUCAGUCGGUUGGUAAACCGUCAACGUCUGCUAGCGAAGCCAGCGAGAUCAAGGCGCCGAUCCGGAUACCUUGCAAUGAGACCCGGCGCGCCGCCUUGGCUACGGCAUUGAGAAGACGCGUUGGUGCUCUGGGCGGCUUGGGGUGA